GCCCAAGAAUGUCUUCAAAUCCAACUUACGACGUUUGUGUCAUCGGUGCUGGUGUGGUGGGCAGCUCCACAGCCCGUUACCUGGCUUCCCGAGGACAAAGAACACUUCUAUUAGAGCAGUUUCCUCUUCCUCACUGGCGUGGCAGUUCUCAUGGACAGACUAGAAUCAUUCGUUUCUCCUAUGUUAACCCUUAUUAUUCUAAAAUGGUUCGAGAAGCUGGUGAAAUGUGGAAGGAGAUUGAAGAAAAAGCAGAGCAGGAAAUUCUUAUCAAAACUGUUGGACUGUUAACAGUGGAAGGAAGCUCUGGUGAAAAUCUGAGAGAAGUUAGAGAAUCACUUGAUGCAGCAGGAGCAAGUUAUGAUAUUUUGUCAAACCAAACACUUAAGCAAAGAUUUCCAGAGUUGAGCUUUCCGCCUCACUACAAAGCUCUGUUAGAACACUCAGCAGGAAUUUUAAAAGCUGAUAAAUGCUUGAGAGUGUUGCAGGAUCAGUUUAUUGCAUUUGGUGGCACACUAAGAGAUGGUGAGGGUGUGGUUGAAAUACAUCCAGGAUCAUUAAUUACAAUAAAGACCACAAAGGAUUUGUUCAAAGCUCACAAAGUGAUAUUAACAGCAGGACCCUGGACCAAUAAACUGCUAAAACCUGUGGGAAUUACCUUGCCUCUAAAGCCACUCAGAGCCAAUGUUUUUUACUGGAAGGUGAAAAAAACAGGCACAUACAGUCUUCAGAGUGGUUUUCCUACAUUUUAUGAUGAUACAGCAUCUGACCCUCGCAAGUUUUAUGCACUCCCUUCAUUUGAGUAUCCUGACAUGGUUAAGUUUGGGCCCUCUGGUGGAUGCAGAUUACCAGAAGUUUGCAUGGAAAUUGAUCCAGAUGCAAGAGAUUGGGACAGAGAAAUCGAAGAGAGGAUUAUUCAGAGAACAAGAGAAUACAUCCAGCAUCACUUUCCAUACCUUGAUCAUCAUGAGCCAACCAUAGUAGAAACUUGUAUAUACACACUGACCCCUGAUGAGAAUUUUGUGUUGGAUAAACAUCCCAAGUUUUCUAACAUUAUUAUUGGUGCUGGCUUUUCAGCGCAUGGAUUCAAGCUUGGUCCUGUUUGUGGCAAGAUUUUAGCACAGCUGGCCAUGAAUGAGACACCAACCCAUGACUUGACACCUUUCAAGAUUUCAAGAUUCAAGUUUAGUCAGCAGAAAUCCUCACUCUGAUCGAAACUUAGGAUUUGAUAAAAUUGUUUUAACUCAGUACUUAGCCUCUUACAAGUUAGCCAAGAUUUGUUGUUACCACUAUUCUGUUAUCACUUAGAUGGUGCUCAUGAUGAAGACAAUAAACACAAUCACCACUCCAGAUUAAAGCCAACUAAAAAAUCCUGGUGCCGUCCCUGAGACAUUAGAGAAAUCAUUUACCUCUAA